AUGCGAGUAACAAUGGUAUUAAUUAUAAAUAUUACUUUUAUUCUUGUAGUUUUUUAUAUUUCUCGUUCUGUGGGUUGGAACUUUUCAAAAGUUAAUUUACCGAACGAUGUUUUCAUUUCUCGAUUUGCUAUUUGGAAGAACCGAGUGUUCCUGGCUGCUCCAAGAUGGUCAAAAUGGUCAAACAACUCGGUGACACUCUUAGAAGCGCCGUGGAUCGAGCCAGAAGUAUUAUCGCUCAUGAAUAUUCCAUCUCCACCAGCGACAGCGUAUUUGAGUCCGGAACUGCAAUCUUUAGGCAAGGAUUGCACAAACUUGCUAUCAGUUACAGCAUUAGACAUAGAUAAUCGGGGACGCCUCUGGGUACUGGACUCCCCCGAAGACAUGGAGUGCCCUGCAAAAAUAAUUAUCUACGACUUGCAUCACAAUGAAGAAAUAUCCCGCGAAAAUCUCUUAGGCGUACCUCGAAAAAAUCUCAAGUGUUUGACGGUAGACCCGGUGAUUGGUCUAUGGGGACAUCGAGGUUACAUUGGAGAUCCUGGCGAUGAAUCGAUUAUUAUUUUCGAUACCGGUCUCACAGGACAGCGGAAGUGGUGGAAACUCCAUUUGAAGCAUGGACCAACAUUUCCACGUGUUUAUACAAACGAUUUAGCAAUAUCGAGAAAAAAUAAACGCCUUUACAUAACAGGAACAAAUUCCCUUGAUCUUUUUUCGAUUGAUCUCGAUAAAUUACGCCAUAAAGAUCGAUUAUCGGUCGAAUACUCGGACAUAUUGUGGCACGGGAUAAAAUUAGGCACUUCAACCGGGCUGCUUUGUGAUUCCAAGGACGGAUUACAAUACUUCCUUGUAUCUGAACACGCGAGCGUACGCUGGGAUACUAAAUACAAUUUGAAAGCGGAGAACCAUUUAAUUCUUCUGCAGAGCGAACACGUACUCAGCAUAACUGAUUAUCGAAUGGAUUCAUCGAAAAAUGUAUGGGCUAUUAUUAAUCCUUUGUGGCCGUGUUACUUUCGAAAGUAA